CUGGCUUUAGUGGCCAGGGCCACUCCUACCCUUACAAGGCCUGUGGACGUAUACUUCUCGCGAGGCUUAGCUACGGCUGCGAAGUCGCCAAACUUGAAAAAGCUCCCGCUGGCAGGAGUUCGAGUUUUGGAUAUGAGCCGAGUGUUGGCUGGGCCAUACUGUACACAGAUUCUUGGUGACUUGGGAGCUGAGAUCAUCAAAAUUGAACACCCCGUUCGAGGUGACGAUACUCGCGCGUGGGGCCCGCCCUUUGCUGCAUACACAGAUGGACGAACCGGUAAUGGCGAAAGCGCCUACUACCUUUCGGUCAACCGUAAUAAGAAAUCCCUCGGUCUAUCAUUCGCACACCCCGAAGGCGUCGAAAUAAUCCAGCAACUCGCCCGCGACUGUGACGUCCUCGUUGAAAACUACCUUCCCGGUUCUCUAAAGAAAUACAACCUCGACUACGCAUCCAUCAGCAAGAUAAACCCACAUCUGAUCUACACAAGCAUUACCGGAUAUGGUCAAACAGGUCCGUACAGCAAUCGACCAGGCUUCGACGUCAUGGUCGAGGCUGAGUUUGGACUGAUGCAUUUGACGGGGACUCGCGAUGGUCCACCCGUGAAAGUCGGUGUCGCGGUGACAGAUUUGACGACGGGACUGUAUGCCUGUAACUCGAUUAUGGCAGCGCUAUUGGCGCGGGCGAACACGGGAGAGGGGCAGCAUCUUGAUGUUUGUCUGAGUGAUUGCCAGGUUGCAACGCUGGCUAACAUGGGAGAGUCGGUGUUGAUUAGUGGGAAGAAAGAUUCGGGGAGAUGGGGGACUGCUCAUCCAUCUGUUGUGCCAUACCAAGGAUUCAAAACCGCCGAUGGCGAUAUCUUCGUCGGUGGUGCGAAUGACCGCCUCUUCGGUAUUCUCUGCGCGAAAAUCGGCAAGCCUGAGUGGAAGACUGAUGCCCGAUUCGUAACUAAUAACGACCGCGUGACAAAUCGUGCUGAACUGGAGCCUCUGAUCGAAGCUGAGCUCGUGAAACGAACCACGCGACGAUGGCAGGAAAUCUUCGAGGGAAGUGGUCUGCCCUAUGCAGCGGUCAACGACAUCCAAGGGACUAUGAACCAUGAGCAUGUGCAAGCUCGCGGGAUGGUCCAGACGAUUGAGCAUCCGGCUUGUGGGCCGAUCAAGGUGAUUAGCCCGCCAGUCAAGUAUUCGAAUGCAGAACCGAGUAUUCGUAGCCCGCCUCCCUUGUUGGGUGAGCAUACAGAUGAGUUACUUCAGGAUGUUGUGGGUUUGAGUAAGGAGCGUAUCGAGGAGCUCAAAAGGAAAGGAGUGGUUGCAUGA